GCUCGGAUGAGUCUCACGUGCUCUGUAUGGGCCGCGAUGAGCUCAACCUUGACUACGAAUGCGGGAUAAUAUACAGGGAACACGAAUCGAGUGGAGGUGGGGGUGGAGGAAUAACCAAUGGCCUUUUUUGCCCCGAGCUGGCCUGUAGAGUCCCUACCCCUCAUCGCCCUCAGUCAGGUUCUAGGGAAUCUUUAAUCCUCAUGCUGACUGGUGGAACCCCUUUCUCUGCCCCAACGGGCCAACAAUAUCAAGGUUCUCACCGAGCCCUGAAUGUAAGGCUCGCCGGGUACCUACGCAGGGUAACAACCCUAGUCAAAAAACACACAAUGAAUUACGCUCAGAGCUUGCAGGGCUUGCCCCGCCUCAAGAACCCGUGAAUUUGUUGUGAAUGCUGGCGAAAUACUCAAAAUCUAAUCGAUCUGGUCACCAUGUAAUCGCAAAAUGGACUCGUCGUCUGGAGCUCUUCUGCGUGCUUUUAAAUCCCGCCUGGACGAGAGGGAGGCCAAAGGGCGCCGCCGCCGUCUACAAGUCCCGCCACCCGGUGCAGUGGAUUUCUCAUCCAACGACUUCCUCUCGCUCUCAACAUCAGCCCUCCUCCGCGCCCGCUUUUUACAAAGCCUUACACGUGAAUCGUCUUUGCAUCCACUCGCAAGCAAGGGAUCCAGGCUUUUGGACGGCAACUCUACAUACGCAGAAGAAUUGGAGCGCUUUAUAGCCUCCUUCCACAGCGCAGAGAGCGGCUUACUCUUCAACUCCGGCUAUGAUGCCAAUCUAUCGAUUUUCUCAUGCAUUCCACAGCCGGGGGAUGUUAUUCUGUACGAUGAAUUGAUCCACGCCAGUGCUCAUGAUGGGAUGAGGCUUUCAAGAGCAUCGAGGAAAAUACCAUUCAAGCACAAUUCGGCCGAUGAUUUUUUCAGAAUUGCGCAAAGCCUAUUGCAAGAGGACCAUCUGAUAGCGUCGGGCGAGAGAAAUGUCCUUGUCGCGGUGGAAUCCCUUUAUAGUAUGGAAGGUGAUAUUGCCCCCAUUGCGGAGCUUCUUGAGGUUAUCAAGACUGUGUUUCCCCGAGGGAACGGUUAUAUGAUCGUGGAUGAAGCGCACUCUACUGGAGCGUUCGGACCUCGAGGUGCCGGGAUUGUUCAAGAACUCGGUGUCCAAAGCCGUAUUUUCAUCAGACUACACACGUUUGGUAAAGCGUUAGCCAGCCAUGGAGCAAUUGUUCUCUGUUCCCAUCUUACCCGGGAAUAUCUGAUCAACUACGCUCGAAGCCUCAUAUAUUCCACGGCAAUGGGCAUGCCAUCCCUGGUUUCCACUCGCGCUGUGUACGACCUCAUGAGCGAAGGAGUGACCGAGACUCUUCAAUUUCAACUGCGCGAAGUUGUUCAAUACAUGGCUACAAAACUAAAAGGCCUACAACAAGCAGAUCCUCCGAUCUUGACAAUACAGCAUCAGUAUAGGUCUCCUAUUUUCUCCCUCCAGACGUCAAUGCCACGCGAGCUUGCGAGCUUUCUCCAGGCUGAGGGCCAAAUUGUCCGUGCAAUUAUGCCACCCACCGUACCCAAGGGAACAGAACGUGUGCGCGUGUGUCUACAUGCUAGCAAUACAUAUGAGGAGAUAGAUAGGUUCAUUGAGCUGAUCAAGGAAUGGGUUGAGCAGCAGCGGCCAGGAAGGGUUUUUAGGCUGUAGCAGAAGGGGCAGUCAAUUUGCUUACGAUACAGGCGAAUCAUAGAAAAAAGACAGGUGUGUAAGCUCUAUAUUAUUGCACGAAGUAGUACCGCCAUACUAGAAAAGUAUUUUGAAAUUUCUUAGAUAAUCUUUAGAACUGAGCUUGCACUUGGAAUCAAAUUCGGGUAUAGCCCCGGGACGGGGAGCCCGACCCUAUACUAAAUUUUUUCCCGUGUCCUGAAUACCCUAACUCCCAUCCUAUAGCGCAUAGGACAAAACCCAUUCUACUACCUGCUCCUAUGCCGCAAGAUUAAUCACUGCCUCCACUCCCUUCUCUGGACUGUCCGGCUAGUUUUCAUUGCCCCUGGUCGGAUAGGGCUCCGUGAUGUCAAUGUAGUCAUUUAUAUUGGAGAUAUUUUGGUGAAGAUAUCUAGUCGAAACAGGAGACUUAUUCUGGAAAUUCUGAGCCUAGGCAGAAGGCCUCCAAUUCCAAGGGCCGCAACCAUCUUCUGGGAGUAGUGGGCAAAAUAUGGUCAUCUGCCCUAUUGUCCUCGUAUGUAAACCGUGCGGACGAGAAGUAGACGCUUGUCUUCAAGAGCACACUUGGCCGGCAAGUCCCUAUGUCAGUACGGGUGGAUGGACCAACCAGCUAUGAGCCUUGAACAAGAACUGCUGAACAUGGUACCUUCUUUCAUUUCUAUAAUGGGGUGAGAUUACUGGGGCGACGUUGAAGGGUCUGGAGAAGCUAGUUUUAAACUGGGAAUAACACCAACCAACAUUUAGAUGGCGACAUUUCUUCCUACACUGCAUAACAGAGAACCGUUGAGGCUAUACCUAAUUUCUUUUAAAUAGCCAAAUUCAAUGCAACCAGCAUUGGGUACGAGACCGUUGGUUGGCCCCCCUAGAUUCUUACUUCCACGCGAACCUUCGCCUCGUGUUCGCUCGGCGGAUCUGUGGCAUCGGGAGCUAAACAUUAACACUGGAAAUUUUUUGAUCAAUUCUUUUUAAGAGUGGAACCUGCAAAGUGGAAAAGCGGAAGAAACACACACGGCGUCAUAGUCAAUUAUUCUAUUGUUUAAUUAUCCAAGUUCUGUGCUAUAUAUCUAGGAUUCCGCGUCACAUCUUCUAACUGCAAAAAAAUGUUUAGUCAA